AUGUGGGACUCUAUUAUACAUUUGAAGAAUAAAANGUAAAAUGUUUAAUAAUUAAAUUCAUUUAUUAAUUAAAUAGUUGAAACAUUAUUUCAAUCUUUCAAUUUUGGUAAAUAAGAAACAACUUAAAUAAUGCCUUAUUGUAAAAUUUCAAUAGAAAAAUAUUUCUAUUUAAAAUUAUCUCAUUGCAUUUUGCCAUAAUACUAAAAUAUGUUUAAAUAAUAAAAUGAAUUAUUUAGAUCUAAAAAAAUAGACAGAAAUAAUAAUUAGAUCAAAAAUGAAUUACAUAAAGAUCUUUAAAUUCCAGAAUUUAAUUCAUAAUAAACCAUAAGAAUUAAUGAAGCUUUAAAUGAAUUAGAUAAAAUUGAAUAUAUGAGUUAUCCAAGAGAAAAGUUGAGGUGUUUAUAAUUGAUGAGUGCAAUUCUUAAGGGUUCUCUUUAUAAUAUUAUUACAUAGCUAUUAACUCUGGUUUAAUUGAUUAGUUAAUGAAGUACUGUUUAAUAUUGAGUAAUGUAGAUCAUCCAUUCUCAGAAAUUUAAUUACUUAUAGAUACAACAAGUUCAUAAGAUAAACAAUUUCUAAACAAAAUUAAUGUAUUAAAUUAUCUUAUUAUAGCAUCAAUUAGAAGAAAUAAUUAAUUCUUGAUAUAAUUAUUUUAAUUAAUUUCAUUUUUUAUUAUAACCAUUUUAAUAGUAAAUAUAAAAGAAUAUAAGCUUAAAUAAGAAUAAUUAGUGAGUUCAAUUACUUAUAUUAUAUAUUUUAAUGCUAACAAGAAGAAUGCUUUUAAUCUAAUGGAAUAGAAUAUAAUUUUUUUUAUAAACAAUAUUUUUCUUCAAAUUUAAAGCAAUAAAAUUCUUUUCCUAAUUCCACUUUAAUUGCAAAGACAGCACAGUCAUCAAUCUUUUUUGAUAAAUUUUAAGUCAAUUAUUUAUAUAAUCAACUUCUCUUAAGGCUCUGUAAUUUAGGAAGUUAAUAUUAGGGUUAAUAAUAAUUAGGAUUUGAGUGGAUUAUAUGAAAUUAUGAAGGUCUUGUUAAAUUCGAAAAUUCUUCAUUAUUAUGUUAGAUUAGUCAAAAUAUAUAUUGUAUAUCACAUUCUAACCAUGUUAUUAAUUGCAAUAGCUAAAAAUUAUUUUUUUAAGAUGGGAUUGCAUCCUUGCUGGAAUGAUUAAAAAGAAUGUAUAAUCUAAUUAAGCUAAUGGAUUUAAAUAUUGAGAACUAUUGAGAAUCAUAAAUUUCAAUAAGUCAAGAUCAUAAUAAAAAUAUUCUUUUUCAAAAACUAAUUAUAUUAUCUUUUUGUUAUUCUUUAUAUUAACUUAGAAUUUUAUGUGGGACUCUAUUAUACAUUUGAAGAAUAAAANGGUAAAUAAGAAACAACUUAAAUAAUGCCUUAUUGUAAAAUUUCAAUAGAAAAAUAUUUCUAUUUAAAAUUAUCUCAUUGCAUUUUGCCAUAAUACUAAAAUAUGUUUAAAUAAUAAAAUGAAUUAUUUAGAUCUAAAAAAAUAGACAGAAAUAAUAAUUAGAUCAAAAAUGAAUUACAUAAAGAUCUUUAAAUUCCAGAAUUUAAUUCAUAAUAAACCAUAAGAAUUAAUGAAGCUUUAAAUGAAUUAGAUAAAAUUGAAUAUAUGAGUUAUCCAAGAGAAAAGUUGAGGUGUUUAUAAUUGAUGAGUGCAAUUCUUAAGGGUUCUCUUUAUAAUAUUAUUACAUAGCUAUUAACUCUGGUUUAAUUGAUUAGUUAAUGAAGUACUGUUUAAUAUUGAGUAAUGUAGAUCAUCCAUUCUCAGAAAUUUAAUUACUUAUAGAUACAACAAGUUCAUAAGAUAAACAAUUUCUAAACAAAAUUAAUGUAUUAAAUUAUCUUAUUAUAGCAUCAAUUAGAAGAAAUAAUUAAUUCUUGA